AUGUCGUGGUCCGGCUUCAAGAAGAAUCUGAACCGCGCGACGACGCAGGUGAUGAUGAAAGCGGGCCAGGUGGAGAAGACAAAUGAUCGCGAUUUUGAGACGGAACUGCGGCGCUACCGCACGAUGGAAACAGCGGCGAUGAAACUACAGAAAGAGGCACGGGGCUAUCUGGACUCACUACGAGCCAUGACCGCUUCGCAAAUGCGGAUUGCGGAGACGAUCGAUGCGUUCUAUGGCGAUGCGGGCACUCGUGACGGUGUAAGCCGGUCAUAUAAGAAAGCCGUGGACGAUCUCGACGCCGAGACGGUCAAGGCAUUGGAUGGACCAUACCGCACCUGCGUCCUCGAACCUAUCGAGCGGUUCUGCGCCUACUUCCCGGACAUCAACGAAUGCAUCAAAAAGCGGCAACACAAGCUGACCGACUACGACGGGACGCGGGCCAAGGUAAAGAAGCUCGUCGAGAAACCCGACAAGGACGUCACCAAGCUGCCCACCGCCGAGAAGGAGGCCGAGACCGCCAAGCAGGCCUACGAGGUCAUGAACGACCAGAUGGUCACCGAACUGCCGCAGCUGAUCGACCUGCGCGUGCCCUACCUCGACCCCAGCUUCGAGGCCCUCGUGAAGAUCCAGCUGCGCUUUUGCGCCGAGGCGUACAGCCGGAUGGCCCAGGUGCAGCAGUAUUUGGAUAAGGAUACGCGGGAUCAGUAUGCGGAGGGCCAGUUGGAUGCGAGGGUGGAGGAGGUGUUGCAUGAGAUUCGGAAUUUGAGCAUAGCCGGGACGGUUUAA